AUGCGGCCACGACGAACGCUUGCUGCCGCUGUGUGCACCUGGCUGUCUGCGGCAUCGCUUGUACACGCUGCAUGGGACUGCUCGGCUCUCACGGUCGGCGGGAACUCGUUCGACCUCUCCCAGGUCAAGGGCACGCACAGCUGGGAAGACGAAGUGCAGACCCCUCCAACUGUCACCAAGACCCGCUACACCUUCUCUCCAUGCUCGUCUCUACCCGACCCACCCUCCUCAGCACCGGACGACGACUGUCCCUCCGGCACGCGUCUCUGCAUGCGCACUUUCUCCUCCCGAUCAGGCCUCGAAGACCGCCUGCUGAGUGUCGUACCCGUCGCGGGGGAGAUUGGGAAGGGCGAGAUGGAGGUCAAGGCGGGCGAGAAGGAGGGGAAGAAGAGUAAGGAGGAGUGGGUGCUCGAGAUGGGCGGGGGGAGCUACAAUGGAGUUGAGCAGCGCGUGCGGGUAGACAUGAAGUGCGACAAGGGUGCCAAGGAGACCUCGCCCACCGUGCAAGACUACGAUUCGAAAGCCGGCGUCCUCUCGCUCUCCUGGACGACAUUUGCGGCCUGCCCGACCGGCAACUCCGACCCGCCGAAGGAGGACGCACCUCGACGAGACGACGACAAGGAGGAAGACGGUGGCGCGCGGGAUCCGGUCGGCAAGAGCGGCGGAAUGGGCUUCUUCUCGUGGUUCUUCACCUUACUCUUCCUCGGCCUGCUCGGCUACUUCGCCAUCGGCUCGUACCACAACUACACGACCUAUGGGGCGACCGGCUGGGACAUGAUUCCGCACCGCGACGUCUGGCGAGAUCUGCCCUAUGUCGUCUCCGACUUGUUCAAGGGACGAGGUGGAUCUCGGAACGGUUAUUCUGCGCUGGGUUGA